AGCGCAKUGCAGACUUCAUGCACACAAAAUGAACAAACUGCGUGAAAGGCUCUGAGGCAAGGGUAUGAAGUCGGAUUAUAAAAUCGAAGCUCCAAAGAAACACAGCCAAGAAAAGGUGUUUCGUGCCAUCACGGAUGUCUACCGAGAUGAAGGAGUGAAACCGACUUCACACCAAGAGGGCCUUGCCACUCCGGUGGAGAGGGCUGAGAGACUGCUGAAGGGUAGAGCUGAAGGGGGAGACAAGCAGGCCCUUUUCCUGCUGGGACAGCUGUACUAUUAUGAGGGACGCUAUGAGGAGGCAGAGAGAGUCUUUGACGGCCUUAAGGACAGCGACCCCAGAGCCCUCUUCCAGCUAGCUGUCAUGUAUUAUGAUGGCCUGGGCACUGCUAUGGAUCAAGCAAGGGCAGUGGKCUACAUGAGGAGAGUAGUCCAGUGGAACAGCCCAGAGGCAGGCUCCAUCAGAUACACUGCUCUGUAUCACAUUGGCAUAGCCUACCUGGAGGGCUAUGGGGUCCAGCAGUCCAAUACAGAAGCAGAAAGUUACUGGCUCCUUGCUGCUAAUGAGGGAAACCCCAAAGCCUGUGUAAAAGCUCAGAGUUCUCUGGGUAUGUUCUACUCUAGACCUGAGACACAGGACCUCAAAAGGGCGUUCUUCUGGCACUCAGAGGCCUGUGGCAAUGGCAGUCUGGAGUCCCAGGGCGCACUGGGGAUCAUGUACUUGUAUGGUCAGGGCAUCCAGCAGGACCCCAAGGCUGCCAUUGAGUGCCUGAAGGAAGCGGCUGAGCGGGGGAAUGUGUACGCCCAGGCCCACCUGGCUGCCUACUACUACCACAGGAAGCUCUACUCCAGAGCAGCAGCCCUUGCCAAAAGGAUUACCAAUUACGAUGACAUUGCUGCCAUCGCCAUGGUCACCGACUGCCUGCCUGAAUACGUCAUUAAGGGCGUGGCCAUUGCUCUUUUCUACUACGCCCGCUGUCUGGAACUGGGAAAGGGGGUUKCUCAGAGCAAGGAGAAGGCCUGGCACUACUUCACUAAGGCUGCUCGGCUAAACCCAGAWGUGUGCCAGGACCUCCAGAGGGACAUCAUCUUUAGCAGAAUGUAGAGAUCCACCAUCAUGACCUUAGUUAGGGAGUCCAGAUAGGUAAUCUCAAAGCAACAGAGGAGACUGCUGAGUAAAUAACAUCAGACCUGAAUGCUUUGUGUUCAGUGUGUGGGUUUGGUAUGGAUAGGAGUACGGCGAUUGUGUGCCCAGUGUAACAACUGUUUAAUAACUACAGAUUCCACACAUUACAACAGUGUUACCGGUACUACUCUGCAUGAACUUGGGGUCCUUGAAUUCAGAUGAACCAGGAGGCUCUUGAAAUCAGAUGCAAUUUAUAUACAUUUGUAGCAUCCAAGUUCAGAUGGUUUCAAUUUCAUACAAUUUUGAG